CCUUGUGACGAUCGCAAAAGCUGACACAUUAUAGGACCUAUAUUGUAUUGUGGUAUAUUAUUACAUUAUUAACACUACAUUACCACCCCAAAUCGAAAUUGCUAUUUAUUCAGUCGAACCAUUCCUGACGGUAGCUGUUUAAGUGUGGAAGCUUUGAGAGGGAUCGCUAAUAUCACGUUAUCUAAUGAUGAUUGAAGUAUAACAUCCAGUGGAAUCGUGUCGUUAUGUAGGCGGGGAAGUGGCAUCGUGUGAAUGGAGGAGCGCAUGAUCGAUACAGCGGAGUGCGCAGGUCCCACCAACUAAGUACAGCUGUAGUCUUUGCAUCUUAUCGUGCAAGUCGUUCUAAACGGCGUCACGCUCUCGGAAGAAUUUAUUAUCACGGAUAUGUUCCGGCUUUUUUGGCGGAUCUAAACGAUGUAAUGAGCCGUACGUGCUAUCGGCAGGCUCUGUGGGCGCUGGCGGUGAUAUGUACGCUGGCGCCCUCGAAUGCCGACGGGAAUAUUGGUUGUUUGUUUAGCUCGUCCUUAUGCAUUGACGGAGCUGAGUGGUGCUAUGAUGAUUUCGCAUUUGGAAAAUGCAUACCGAUCUAUGACAACGAUCCCGAAGAGGGGUCACUUUACCAAUAUGACAUGAGCUCUACGCAGCUACAGUGGUUCGAGAGGGAGUUGCAACAACUAGCAGCCCAAGGCUACCGCUGGGAGCACGCAUUCACGCAAUGUAUGCUGCAAAGUAUGUUGUACGCUCUACGACAUCACCUGGAUCCAAAUCAAGUUAACUCAAAGCUGUGUGAGCAUUUCGCGGAUCCCAAGCUAAGUGCGGGAGUAACAAACGUUGGAGACGAAACGUUGGAUGCUAACUCUGAUGAAACAGCGUACAUAAGAUUCGUACCAAACACUAAAUUGAUCGACUCAGAUUAUGCAAAUGAAGUAUAUAAUCCACCCUUACUUGACGAUGAAGAACCUAAAGGCGAUGAUUUAUCUAUGAAAAUUGAAGAUUUAGAACCUGUUGAAGAUACAAACGAUAAAAUACGAAAUAUAAUGCUAAUGAGUGGGGUCGAAUCACCUGUGAUUGUACCAUUUGAAGGCUUUAGAGAACGCUUACAAGCUGAAGAGGAAGCACGACAUCAUGUACCUAAGGACAGUAUCAUUAAUUAUGAUAAAGAAAAAAAAUCCUUGAACGCAAAUAACAAUCAAGAAAAGCCAGUUAAUGAACUCCCAGAUGAAGAACGGUUAUUGGCUCAUUUUCGUAAAUACAAAAUAAAACCACCACCCUUCACAGCGGAAUACUUGACUGCUAACAGAUUCUCACCAUUGGAUGAAGAAAUAAGAUCGAAUGCUCUGGAAAAAUACAAGCAAAGCUUUCUAGAAAAGAACUUCCCAUUUGAAUAUGAAAACCCAGAAGAUAUUUCAGAAGCAAGGAGCUAUGUAGAAACCCCAUCUAGCGAAUUAAAUGAAGACGAAGGAACAACUAAUGAAAAGGAAAACAAUUCCAAAGAAAUAAACCCAAAGAACAUGGAAUAUUUAAUGAACUAUUGGCGUGAAAUUGUUGGUGCAAAAUUAAAACCUCAAGAAAAUUUAUAUGCUGAAGGAGGUCCAUUAAAAACGGAUGAACUGCAAGGUGAAAAUUCAAAAUUUUAUUUAUCUCAAGAUUUGCAAGACUUAGUUAAUAGAGAAUGGGGAUUUAAGCGUAGGGAAAGAGAUGAUGUUAAAAAGCCUGGGCCGCGUGUGGACGCAAAAGCAUUAAAGAUUUUAUACAGCAAUAAAUCAGUGACAGCCCAAUCAUCCAAUCAGAAUCAGAUUAUGUCGGACCACGAUCACAACGAUUACGACUACGACCCAUCUUACGCGUUUGUAACUUUUCACAAUAGGUUUUUGACAGACUGGGAGAAAGGUAUUUCAUUCAUAACACGUCUUGAAGAGAUGUUGGGCUUAGAAAAAAAUACGUUUACAAAUCCCCGAGUUGAUCCCAGCGAAGUCACAUUUAAAGUAGAAAAAAAUAGCAAAGGCUACGAUGCAGCAGAUGUUGCUAAGCAAAUUGACGUUAUCAAGGAAAAAGUACGUAAGGACACUGGAGCACAAAUACAAUCGGCUGGAGUUGGAGAUAGGAGCAAAUAUCCAAUGAUUCGUAACUCCGAGUCCAAGGAGAAUCAACUAUUUGGUUUGGAUUAUCCAGUACUACUAGCACUUGUGGGUAGUUUGUCAGUUCUUAUCGUGGGAGCAGUGGUGUUUGCUGUUUUGUUGAAGAGGGAUAUGAGUGCUAGGCGGAAGAUGCAGGGCUUGGCUUCAGCAGCUGAGAUCGACGCUGAGGCUACAAGGGAUUAUCAGGAACUUUGUCGUGCUCGCAUGUCCGGUAAAUGGACGGGCACGCAGACCGCAGUCGCUCCUCCAACUGAACCUCCGCAAAGGAUUACGUCGCUAUCACGUGACCCUGACGGGAAUUCACCCUCUACUAGAUCAAGCACUUCAUCUUGGAGUGAGGAACCGGCUUUGACUAAUAUGGACAUUUCCACGGGACAUAUGGUUUUGGCUUACAUGGAAGACCAUCUCCGAAACAAGGAUCGCCUGGAACAAGAAUGGCAAGCGCUUUGCGCUUAUGAAGCUGAACCAUGUGCUACCGCAGCGGCCCUGAAACCUGAGAAUAACGGCAAGAACCGUUGCGCCGAUGUCUUGCCUUACGACCAUUCCAGAGUCAUUCUCAACACUCUCUCCAAUCACCUUGGAUCUGAUUAUAUCAACGCAUCGACGAUAGUGAGUUGUCAUAUUUUAAGUCAAAUAUCUGAUGCUAAUUACAUAAAUAAUCACUUAAAUCCUCUUAAACAGACUGACCACGACCCACGUAACCCGGCCUACAUAGCGGCAGCUGGUCCAUUGGUGCAAACAGCUCCGGAUUUCUGGCAGAUGGUAUGGGAACAAGGCAGUGUAGUCAUGGUGAUGUUAACCCGCCUCACUGAAAACGGACAACAGCUCUGUCAUCGAUAUUGGCCUGAAGAGGGUUCAGAACUGUACCACAUUUAUGAGGUCCAUCUCGUGAGCGAGCACAUUUGGUGUGACGACUAUUUGGUCCGAAGCUUCUAUCUGAAGAACCAACGUACUGGCGAAACUCGUACUGUCACACAGUUCCACUUCCUCUCGUGGCCCGAGAAUGGAGUACCAGCUUCUACCAAGGCAUUGCUUGAGUUCAGAAGGAAGGUGAAUAAGUCUUACCGCGGAAGAUCUUGUCCGAUUGUUGUCCAUUGCAGUAAUGGAGCCGGUCGAACCGGUACAUACUGUUUGAUCGACAUGGUUCUCAACCGCAUGGCUAAAGGUGCAAAGGAAAUUGACAUCGCCGCUACUUUGGAGCACAUCCGCGACCAACGCACACGCACCGUCGCUACCAAACAGCAGUUUGAAUUCGUACUGAUGGCUGUUGCAGAAGAGGUACACGCUAUACUAAAAGCCUUACCAGCCCAUCUACAACAGCUGCAGGAGAAGAAGGACAAAGAGAAGGAGAAAGAAAAAGGAUCAGAGAAAGAAGGCACUGAUAAAGACAAACCAAACUAAAUGACGCAAUGCUUUUACCGACACGAUCUUGUUACCUAAUAUUAGGGCGGUCUUUAGUUAACAUUGGCACUAAAGUUUUCAUAGUAGAUAUUAUUUUAUAUCUAUCAGUUAACAUAUAUUCAUAUUCUUAUUUAUUCACAUACAUAUGAAACUAGAGCCGCCGCUAGUUAUGUUUGUUAGAUAAAAUUUUACGUAAAUGGGUAAUUCGAAUUGAGAUUCAUAGUUAAAAAUGUAAUACUUUGUCAGCUGAGCACGUCUUUGGGAUCUUAGUAAUUGAGUCUCUUUUCGAUGUAUUAUGGAUUCACGAUUUAAAUUUAAUAUUAUUUAAUGGAUAUUUAACUUUUAAGAAAAAAGUAUUUAUUCGUUUUGCUUGAAACUACAAUGUUGUUUGAUAAAAUGUUUAUACUUAUAUAUGUGGUAUAUUUUAAUGUAUGCAGACAUGUAACUGUCCUAUUAAGAUUAUUUAAAAGAAGAUGAAAUAUUUACAUGGUAUUUUCAAAGAGCCUACAGAAUUGAAUAUUUUUUUUAAACGAAUACUUCGUAAAUAAUACAAGUAUUGAAAACUUUAGGGAUCAUUAAUGUCAAAUUAUCGGGUAUCUUAAAAGAUAGCACGUCUACUUCCCCAGCUAACAUUAUAUUUCCUUUCACUAAAAAUGUUUCGGCGGUCAUAAUAAUAUAUUGAAUAUUUUGAAUUCAUAUUUCCUUGUUACUAUACGUAUGACAUAAUUUUUGUUAUUUGCAAUUACUAUGCUGGCUAUAAUUUUAGUGUCGAUUUAUAAAUUAUAAGGAAACAGUGUUUUGAACCAUAUCCCGAUAACGGUAUACCUGAGGAAUCAUAUAGAUAACUAUUUACAGGCUAAAACAAUAGAGGUAGCACUUGUCUAUGUACGGUUUAUAAAAUAUUACUAAAUUUAUUGCAUAUUACGAAAAUGUAAAAAAAAAAAGUUACUUACCAAGAUUAUGAUUGUAGUUUAGAUUAAGAGAAAAUAUAUUUAACCGUAUUUCUGUAUGAAAUUA